CUCUCCAAUGUCCUCCCUUUGCUCUUCUGUAUUGCUACUUGUUCUAAUGUUCACGGCAAGUGUAAUGGCUGACUCAACUGUGAACUUCUACCAAGAUGUCGAGUUCUAUUGGGGCAAUCAAAACGCUAAUGCAUCCGACGGCGGCAAAUCUCUCACAAUGUCUUUAUACAACUCCUCUGGCUGUGGUUUCCAAUCCUACAACACAUAUUUAUUCGGAAGGUUCGACAUGCAUAUCAUGCUUGUUCCUAACAACUCCGCCGGCACUGUCACCACAUCCUAUUUAUCCUCUCAAGGACCAUAUCAUGAUGAGAUCGAUUUUGAAUUUUUAGGCAAUGUGACUGGACAACCAUACAUAUGUCAUACCAAUAUUUUCGCCAACGGCACAGGCGGCCGGGAACAACAGUUUUAUCUCUGGUUCGAUCCCACAACAGAUUACCACAAGUUCUCAGUCGUUUGGAAUUCCUUGCGCAUCGUUUUGAUGGUUAAUGAAAUCCCAAUAAGGGUAUUCAACAAUAACGAAGCCAUCGGUGUUCCAUUCCCGAAUAGCCAGCCGAUGAAUAUCUACUCGAGCAUCUGGGACGGGGAUAGUUGGGCAACGGAAGGUGGGAGAGUUAAGAUCGAUUGGGCAGAUGCUCCUUUCGUCACUUCCUUUAAGAAUUUUAUCGUAAAUUCAUGUGAAGACUCGUCCGGAUUAACUUCAUGUGGUUCCUCCAGUUCUAACAGUUCAAUAACCAACAUUGAGGCAUUGGGAGCCGAAGAGUUGGACACCGAAAUCCUGCAGGAACUCGCUUGGGUGGAGGAUAACUAUAUGAUCUACGAUUACUGCACCGACUACGAACGGUUUCCUCAAGGAUUUCCCCCAGAAUGCUAUCAGCCCAGGUUUAUGCAAUGA